AUUUCCGAUUUUUGUGUGGAAGAAAGACAGACGUGGAACCAAGGCCAAUGCCGAGGAGAGUGUUUGACAACCUCAACUCUCUUUCAAUCUGAUAUUGCUGGCCAGCGAAAUCUCGGACACGAUUGCUGAACUCAAGGACCGAGACGAUCCCAAAUACCAAAACAGAGGAGCCAUUUCUGUAUUUCUAUAUAUACACAUUUACUUCCUAUAUCCUACCUUCUUUUCCUUUCAUCCCUUUCCUCCAAUCCAAAGCUUUUCAGGAAAAACAGAGCAACUUAGCCAGCAUUCGGACCCGGAUCCGACAUUGUCGGACCCAUCCGCUCCCCAUGCAUUGAUUCUCUCUCUCUUGUUUUGGGUUUGGCUCUGUUUGUUGUUGUUGUUUCAGAGAGAGGGAGUCUAAAUCAUCAAUCUAGACACAGGCACAAAAAUUGGAGUUCUGUAUGAACACAUUUGUGUCGUAGGAACUUGCCUGAUACAGAAGCUGCAAUGGGUGGUUGUGUGUCUGCCCCAUCUAGAACAAUUAAUUCACAGAAGAAAUCACAGAAGAAAAGACAAAGGGGCUUUAAACGCCAUGGGAAGAUAAAUGUUAUUACUAAGAAGAGGAACAGUGAUGGAGGAGCUCGAGUAGCAGAUUAUUCUGUUAGCGAGGUUGUACAUAUGGGGUUUGAGAAUGGUGCAACAGCUACGUGCACAAGGUCCAAGGUUUCUAAUUCAAAAUUCCAUGUCACCGAGCUGCAAUGGCACCACACUCCAUCUAAUAAUGCAAAUGCAAUUUGCCAAGAUGAAUCUUGGUUCGACUCCGUCAGUAUUCUGGAAUCUGAAUCAGAUGACGACUAUGUUAGUAUACAUGGAGAUAGCUUUCCAAUAGCGGGCAAUGCAAUUGGGAAUAUCCCAGGUGGUCAAGUACUUCAGUAUGAAAGGUCUGCAUGCUUUGUUGAUAAUGGUUGCAAGUAUGAAGAAUACCAGAGCUAUACAAAAAUAGAUGGAGGCAAAGUCAUGGGGAAAGACGAACUCAAGGAUUCAAAUCAGUUUCCCCGUACUAGUAUCCAGGGCUUGGACAGGAAGAAGUUGCUAGAUCAAUCUCCUCGAAGCUUUAAAGGACUGAGGGAGGAUCGACGUGACUCUAAUGAGAAAUCUGGCUUGGCUCGAUUGAUACAUUCUCUAAGUUUCAAUGAUAAGAAUCUACACUCACAAACACAUUCUCAAAGAAAGCCAUCAUCAGUUUUCAGGCUUUCUUUUAAGAGGAGGUCCUGUGAUGCAGAAGAAACCAAUGAACAAUGUCAAUCAAAAAGGUUUCUCAGUCGGCCUAGAGCAGGACUUGUCAUUCCCUGUUGUAAAGUAGAGAAGAUGACUCCAGGAUGUUGGUCUGAGAUUCCACCCUCCAAUUUCAAACUCCGUGGCGAGAACUAUUUCAAAGAUAAACGAAAGGCACCUGCUGCGAACUACAGUCCAUAUACUCCAAUAGGUGUUGAUCUAUUUGUCUGCCCUAAAAAGAUACAUCACAUAGCUCAAUAUCUUGAGCUUCCAGAAGUAAACACAGACGUCAAAGUGCCUCCACUCCUCAUUGUAAAUAUACAGUUGCCUACUUAUCCAGCUGCCAUGUUUCUUGGUGAUAGUGAUGGAGAGGGGAUGAGUCUUGUACUAUAUUUUAAAGCCUCUGAGAAUUUUGAUAAAGACAUCUCUCCACAAUUCCAGGAAAGCAUCAAGAAAAUGGUUGAAGAUGAAACAGAAAAGGUCAAAGGAUUUGCAAAGGAUUCCACUGUACCUUUCAGAGAAAGGCUAAAGAUCUUGGCUGGGGUGGUCAAUCCUGAUGAACUCAAUCUGAGUUCUGCCGAAAAGAAGCUUCUACAUGCAUAUAAUGAUAAACCAGUACUUUCACGCCCCCAGCACCAAUUUUAUAGGGGUCCUAAUUAUUUUGAGAUUGAUCUGGACAUUCAUCGAUUCAGCUACAUAUCGAGGAAGGGACUUGAAUCUUUUAGAGAACGUCUACAAAAUGGAAUACUAGAUAUGGGUUUGACUAUCCAGGCACAAAAACAGGAAGAGUUGCCGGAGCAAGUGCUGUGCUGUAUGAGACUGAACAAGAUUGAUUUUGUUGAUCAUGGUCAAAUACCAAGUCUGAUCACUAACGAUGAAUGACUUAGAUGAUUAGAUGCAAGGCAUGGAAUAUAGAGAUGGCAGAUAAUCAUGAAAUUCGUGAUCAAGCCGUCCUGUAAAUCGAAGAAGAAGAGCAGAUAAUAUUCAUACCCAGGAAAGUCUUUGUAUCAUUGCAAUAAUCACUAGUUUGAGUCAAUGUGACUUUACUACCCCAAGCAGCUUUGUAUGUAUUACCUUCAUAAGCUGCGCAGGAGCUGGGAAUUAGGACUAGGCUUUGAUUUUGAUUCACAUGUAUGUAAUCACACAUGCUCUCCAUCUACUAGUCCCUUGUGUUAAUCAGUAAAAUUAACUUAUACUUCC